UUAUCUCUUUAUCCUAGUAAUGUUUUGUUAUUGUUUUUUUGUGUGUUUUUUUUAGUUUGCCCAUUAAUUUCGUUAGGACCAGGCACAGGCAUAUACAGGCAAGGAGAGAGUGGCAAUCUGACUUGUAAAAUUGUUGAAGGUUUGCCUGAACCACAACUAUCGUGGUAUAAAAAUAAUGUCCUUCUGCCUAACGAGGUGAACACAACUUUGGUCUUAGCAAAUGUAACAGAGAGAGACGAGGGAACGUACACCUGUAGAGCACAAAAUGCUGGUGGUGAUUUCAAAGCCAGCAUAGACGUUACAGUUGAAACUCCACCUGAACUGCACCCUGAGCUCAGGAAUCGAUCUGUUGCAUGGAACCACAAGUUUAAAAUGAAAUGCAUUGUGUGGGGUGAUCGUCCACUACAGAUUAACUGGACUAAGAAUGGCGUGGAUCUUGCUAACCAAAACAAAAACACAUACUUUGAUGAUAACAUGACUUUAGACGACACUGGCUUGUAUGGAUGUACAGCCGCAAACUGGUUAGGAGAGGUACAAGCUACUUUUUGGAUUGAUGUAACAGUCUCUCCUCAGAUUUAUGUUUCUCCAAGAAACAAGUCUGUGCCUGAAGGCCAUCCAGCAAACUUCAGCUGCAAAGCCACAGGUGUUCCCAAGCCAACAUUGUCCUGGAAAUUUAAUGAUGGGGACCUCCCAUCAGGUGUCAAGCAAAGCAGUUUUGGUGAAGGAUCAUUUCUGGAGUUGUCUAAUGCUACAAAGCAAAUGGAAGGUAUCUACAAGUGUACAGCAGAAAACAAAGCUAACACAACAACUUCCUCUGCAUACCUUCAUGUGUUUGAAAAACCCAGUGCUGAAGUCAGCCCAAAGCCAUAUCCAAAACUGGCAGUAGGAGAUCAAUUCAGACUAACUUGUUCAGCCAAUGAAGCUACCGUGGCGAUCAGUUGGAAGAAAAAUGAUGAUGAAGUAAUCCCAAGAGCACAAAUUGAUACACAAGUAGAUGACAAAUUGAGCAAACUUUACAUUGCCGAAGUUGUGGAAGGUGAUAGUGGUGAAUAUUCUUGUGAAGCACGUAACAGACCAGGUAUUGUGGCCCGUUCCACUGUGAAGAUCAAUGUCAAGUCAGUCAAGGGUUCUGUCACCAGGCUGGCUCUGGAGUGGUAUUAUAUUGCGGGACCCGUGCUUGGUUGCACUGUCAUAUUUGCUGUUGGCUGGUACAUCUGCAAACGUCGAAGGGCAGCUAUGGCAAAACUUCCUGAUCCGGAGCAAACAGUUAAUAUGGAGUUGCUGAAUGUUGAAGUGGAUGAAUGGGAGAUUGCAGUUGACCGUAUAGUACUUCAAGAGGUCAUUGGCAGGGGGGCAUUUGGAGCAGUCUGGAGAGCACUUUUGAAGGAACCAGAUGGAAAACCUGGAAAUCGGACAGUUGCUGCAAAAUGCUUUACACCCACUUCUGGAGAAGAUGGAAAGAAAUCUCUGAUGAGAGAAAUCGAGCUGGGAAAACUUCUUGGAGAAAACCGUCAGACAAACAUUGUUGAGUUUAUUGGCUGUGUUACCACACGAGUUCAACCAAUCCUAGUCAUGGAGUACUUGGCGCGUGGUGACUUGUUGGGUUAUCUGAGGAAAAGCCGUGGAAUUCAUGAUAAAUAUCAUCUUGGACAGGGGAGUGUUUCAGAGCUGGAAAUAUAUGACCUAGUGUUGUUUGCCAAACAAAUUGCUGCUGGUAUGGUGUUUCUUGGAUCCCGAGGGAUAAUCCAUCGUGACCUGGCAGCUCGUAAUGUUCUUGUUGAUGACAACUUUGUUUGCAAAGUUACCGACUUUGGUCUGGCUUAUCAAGAUUUCAAAUAUGGACAUGGAAACGCUAAAAAGGGCUGUAUGCCAAUCAAAUGGACUGCACCUGAGAUACUUUCAGGAGAAUUCUCUGCGCUCUCAACCCAAAGUGACGUGUAUGUAAACUAUAAGUACCCCUGUUGUGCCUCACUAACUUUAGACGCUGUUUACAGUAGUUGUUUUUGUCUCACAAUUCUAUUGCCCCACUUCAAGAAAAGUUGCAUUAGAGGUUGCCUAGUAUAAUAAAUGUCUCCUGAAAUGAAUAUGGGUUGAAGUGAACUUGGUUCUACUCCAUGCAAAGCUUGGUGCAACAAAAACGUUGUUCCCUAGUGUGACAGUGCCUUUAAUCC